CUCAACUGUCUUCUAUCACCAUAUAUCUAUAAAUCUAUCCAUAUUUCAAUAAUUUUAUUUUGCAUAUAUUAGUGAUAUUUUAGUGAUAGUGCAUGGCUGAUUCUGCUCACAUACCCAAAAAUGACCAACCAGAAUCACAAAGUGAAUCUGAAUAUUGCUCAAAUGAGUCAAGUCUUUCUAUUUUACCACCCACAGCUUCUUCUGAAGACCCUUUGUUAAAACCUUCACCAGUAGCCCCAAGUAAAAUGUCAUUGUCACCAUCCUCAGGCCGUCAUCCAUCUUAUCGAGGAAUUCGAUGCAGGAGCGGGAAAUGGGUGUCAGAGAUUCGCGAGCCACGUAAGACUAGCCGAAUCUGGUUGGGGACUUAUCCCACGCCUGAAAUGGCAGCUGCCGCGUAUGACGUAGCUGCAUUGGCCUUAAAAGGCCCUGAUGCUGCUCUGAAUUUUCCUGACUCGGCUUUGUCUUACGUGAUUCCUGCAAACCCUACCGCGGCAGACAUUCGUGCUGCCGCUGCAAAUGCUGCAGCUUCCAGAGCCUGCGGAGGCUCUGGAAGUACUGCUGGAGGCGAUAAUCCCGAAUUACCGCCUCCAGCAGAGAACAUCAAUAUACCUUCAGAGACUUCUGAAUUUAUUGAUGAGGAGGAUAUUUUUGACAUGCCGAAUUUGCUGGCUGACAUGGCGGAGGGAAUGCUGAUUAGUCCGCCGAGAAUGAAAACGGAUGACUCACCAGAAAAAGAGGGAGACAACCUAUGGAGUUACCCACGUAACUAGUUACUAUUAACAACUCAGAGGUAGCAUAUAACGACUAGAACUAUAAUUUGUGUUUGCUCGCUUCUGUCCAACUCGUUACUAUUAUCGAAUUAUGCUAGAUUGCUAGCAAGUACCCUUCGUGUUGGCUUGUUGUACUCUUUCCUUUUAUUUGUUGCUUUGCGUAAUUUUUGGUUCCUUUUUUAUCCUUUGACAUCACUCUUUUAUGGUGCUCAGGAUCUAGCUGCGCUCAAUGUGCAUUUUGAGAUUUUUGAUUAAUAGGUGUGUAUUGCAUUGGGAUUUUAAAACAUUUUUUUUCA